AUGCGUUUUGGGACUUGGAACAUUGGCUCUUUGACAGGGAGAUUAGUUGAAGUAGUAGAGGUUAUGAGAAGGAGGAGAAUUAACAUAGUAUGUUUGAAGGAGACUAAGUGGGUUGGAAACAAGGCAAGAGAAAUAGCUCUAUGGGGUUAUAAGCUUUGGUAUUCGGGAAAAACUAGGGGUAGGAAUGGGAUAGGGAAUGAAGUUGUAACUAUUGUGAGUGCCUAUGCACCACAAGCAGGACUAGAUGCUUCAACUAGACAAGAAUUUUGGGAGUAUUUAGAAGAAGUGGUGCAACGUGUCCCUAAAAGUGAGAAACUGAUCAUUGGUGGGGAUCUCAACGGACAUGUAGGCUCGAGUCGCGAUGGAUUUGAAAGAAUUCAUGGUGGUUUUGGGUAUAGGGAUCAGAAUGAAGCGGGAAACGCUAUUUUGGAUUUUUCAUUGGCAUAUGACUUGGGUAUAAUGAAAACAUGGUUUGAGAAACGAGAAUCUCACCUAGUAACCUAUAGGAGUGGAGAUAAUACGAGUCAGAUUGACUUAUUUUUAGUAAGGAAUGCUUUGAGACAGUGCUACACCAAUUGUAAGGUGAUUCCAGGUGAGAGUAUAACAACCCAACAUAGACUUGUGGUACUUGAUUUUUGA